CUCUUUGUAUACGUGUUGUCGUGACGCCGCGAUAUCGCGAAAUGAGAGUUGUGGCGUCAGUGUUAGCUGUCAGGCAGGCACUAAAGACCUACACUUUAAUGGCGUUGUGGGGCGUUUAGGCAGCGAUCAGCCACUGCGGGUUUCGUCAAGAAAACCGGGUUUGUUGGGCGCUAUGGUCUGAAGCUGGUAUAAACGUAUCGGCCCGCGGGGCGUUGGAUGGCAGAAAUAUGGAAGGUGGCGGAGGAGGGUUGGGUGGAGAACCCGGGCUUUUGCAGCAAAUCCUGAGUCUUAGAUUGGUGCCGCGGGUCGGCAAUGUGACUGACUGUCAGAGGGCCACGUUGUGCUCCUUCCCUGCCCUAUUCACUCUCAGACACCACAAGUAUGGGCGCUUUAUGUCAGUAGGAAUCUUCCUGAUGGGAGUUUUGGGACCCAUAUCUGCAGGAAUUUUAACAAGUGCUGCAAUAGCUGGAGUAUACAAAGCUGCUGGCAAAGAGAUGAUCCCUUUCGAAGCUCUUGUGCUGGGUGUUGGUCAGACUUUCUGUGUUCUCAUAGUUUCUUUUUUGCGGAUUUUAGCAACUUUGUAAAGUAAUGUACUGCCAUUUGAACCAGACAUUUGGCUUGGGAACCAUCCAUAACAGCCUUGCUCAACAGUUAUAACUGGACAGCAAAGCUUUUAUUACUUUGGCAUCUAAAAAAAUACCUGCCUUUCUGCUGUGGACUAGCUGAAGUGUAAUCCCCACAGGAUACUGAAAAUUUCCCUGCAUUUUUUGGGACAAGUUUGAACAUUCUCACAUAAAAAGUCCAAAUUAGAAUUUAGAUCAAAUUACAAACAAGUUCAAAGAGUGUUUUCUGUACAUAAUGGACUUGUAAGGAUUUCUAAAGUUGUAUUGCACUGCAGACUUCAUGAAUAUACAUUUACUACAAAAUGUUAUGCUUCAGGAUCUCUGUCCUCGCUACACAGGGUAGCCCUUGCUUUUUUUAAAUGGAUUUUAAAAAUUCCAAGAGAUUUUUAUUUUUUCUGGGGGAAAAGUGAAAUUGAUUGAUAAUUUUUAGAUUUUUUUUUUAUGUUGCCAUUUUUUGUUUCUGGCUUGGUCUCACUGCUGCUAAAAUCUAUUUAAAUUCACACUUUUUGAAGCUGAAGAUUACUGGAUAGGUAACUUUUUGUAUAUUUUAUACCACAGAGUGUUGGUGCAGAGCUGUAAAAUAGGGGUUUGAAAAAGUUCUGUGAAAUACUAUAUUUCAUAUCGCACUUUAACUAUGCAUUUCUUUACAAGUACAUUUUUGUUACCUGUACCACAUUUUAAAGUGUGCCUUCUGUAGGGGCAUAUUGUAUAUUUACUAGAGUACUUAAAGACAAAUACCUGUUUUAUCCCUAUUGGAAUUAGUAGUUUUUAAACAGUUUUUGUAUAUUAAAAGAAAAAUACUUUAGCUACUUUAGUUAAAUCAUUUAUUAACCAUGGGUAAAUUUGCAUCGGUACAGUAAUGCAUAAGAAAUCUUUUUGAUGAGCUGAAUUUGAUUUUCUUAUUCACCCUCCCUAGACCGAUUAAAGACUAGUGAUUGGUUGCUAUGGGUUACUGUAUCAGCUUUCCUAACGUUUUUUAUCCCUGGGUCCUCAGAUGAUAUUGGACGACUAAUCCCAGAAUUCCCCCUUAAUUUUAUGUUAGAGGAUCAGGAAAUUUUAAACAGAAACUGAACUCAAGUAUAAAGAACUACUGGACCCUGCAUCCACAUGCAAAAUUUUGUGUUCCGCAAUCUCUAUGCAUUAUACUUUUGUAUACACCAAGUUUACAAAAUUACAUGGAGUGUAACAGCUGUUAAACCUAGAACUAAAGAAUUUACACCAAAUGAAAACAAAUAUUUGUGCUUCAAUGAACAACACAGACACAUAAUUGUUCCUAGCAAUAUUGUUUAAAGGUGAAGGAAGGUUUAAUAUCACCUGGGUCGGGGGUGUUCCAAAGGUUAGGCACAUCCCAGUGAUUCAAAUCAUUUACCUGAUACCCCAGGGCAGUGUUCACGGAAAAUCAUUACUGGUCCGGAAGUACUUUUGUAUGAAAACCAUGUUGCAAUCUUCUCCUGUUACCCAAAUCUGGAGGUUUGUGUCCAGUAGAGUGGCAAGCUGGCAUUUUGCUUCUAUGUUUGGCUCUUCAGCACACCAGAACUUAGAAGAAGAUUAAGCAGUAGAAGGUGGUAGUGAUUCUGCAGUAGUACCAAGAACCAAUGCACUUUUCACAAAUAACAGCACCAGCUUGGGGGUAUUGGGUAAGUGAUAAUUACUGGGGGUUGACUAAUAAUUUCGUGAUUAUUCCUUGCCUUUUUUUUAAACCCUCAUUAAUGGGAAGUAACCAAAAUUGUGUUCUGUUUUUUUUGGCACCCAGGAGUUGUGGCGUUCUUGGGCCAAAUUAUAUUAAAGGCAAGAUGUCUUGCAUAGUACUGAUGCAUGGAUCAACAUCAGCUUACAUCUGAUACUCUCCUUCUCUCCAGAAAUCAACCUGACCCAACAGCCAUCCAUUGCUUAUAUACCUGUGCCACUAUGCAGCCCAAUAACAAACUUUGGCCCUCUGGAAGGUGCCAGCCCGAACCCACCUGACCCUCAGAUCCCACAAGUUUUGGGCUGGCCCACGCUACUUUCUAGUACUUAUGAGGACAGGAACAAACUGCAUGUUUUGAUGAGAUUUUCUUAUGCAAACUAUUACUGCCAAUGGGAACCUUAUGUUAUCUGUCGCUUUAGUAAACAACUGGUCAAAUGUACUCUUUAGAAAGAAUUAAAAAUAAAAAAUGCAACAUUCUAAAUA